GGUCCCCUCCAGGUUCAAACCGGACCAGGCGGAGGACCUGAGGAAGACAGACGCCCGGAGGACGGGUCCCAGAGGCCAGGAGCACUGACCACCGGACCUAUCUGAUCAAACAGGCCAGACCCCUGGCCUUAGUGUGGACCAAGGACGCCUCCGCCUUGGCUUUGCCCUCGAGUCCAUGGAGCCGAGACACGACGCCAGCCGCAAGGAGAACGUGCCCCCCAGGCCUGCGACGCCCCUGAGGCCAGGCAAGAGGCUUGAGCGACGGAGAUUUCCGAAGAGCAGAGGUGUUGGCCAGGGCAGCGGACAUGGCCGGUGGGUGCGCGAGUGCUCGGCUGAGAGGGAAGGGCCUGCCACCAUACGCUCCCCUGGGGCAGAGCGGCGCCAGGAGCCCUGCCGGGUCCAGACCAACCUGGCCGGCCCGAGCCUCAUCCUGAAGGACGCAACUGGCCGGCUGGUGAACUCAGGCUUGCAACAGCAGAGCAACCUGCAGACCCCGGCCGGCAGGCCCCAGGGGAGAGCCCGAGAGCUUGUCGUCCAGCAGAGUAACCUGAGCAUAAGGGGGACCAGCUUGGCCGAAGGCAGGAGUCACCUCAGCCCCCGCCUCCGGUCAGAGCUUCAGGGCAGCUUCUGGCCCCACCUGAUACCGCAGGGAAGCCCUCUAUCCCGAGCGUCACUGGCUAACCCACCCUCCAGCCUGAGACAGUCCCGGUGGCUGGGCACAGACACCCCCUGCCCAGACGUCCAGCCUGCUGCAGGCUUCGCCUCUCUCAGUGGGCACACACUUCCAGGCUCCGGACCCUGGUGUGUCCUGGGGAACUGGCCCCCUAGGCUCAUGGGGGAGCCCCUCACCCUGGAGGACCUGACUGUCCCGGUCCAGAGCCAGGCUCGGGCCCCAUCCCAGACUGCCAUCCACCAGCUGCUGGCCUCUGUGCGACACCUGGAGCACGAGGUAGCCCGUCUUGGGUGCCGGGCCUCCCAGGAACCCCCAGGCCCUGCUCACCGGGACCCCUGGACCAGCAGUGGCCGGGCCCUCCCUGCCCACCGCCAGCCCGGCCAGCCUGCUCUUGCAUCCUGGGAGGGGAGGGAGAAACCCGUGCGAGGCCUCAGGGAAACUGCGGAUUUCCCAGGGACACAGGGGGCCCAGGCUGGCCUCUCGGACGGUCGGGCAAGCAGUAAGCCUGCGUCACUGGAGGCCACGCUGAGGAUGCCGACAGGGGAUUUCCUCGACCCUAAGCAGGGGGCCCUUCUGGCCAACCCCUCGAGGCAAGGAGAGAACUUCUGCCCGGGGCCUACAUAUGGCAGCAGGCCGAAGAGGGACCCCCGGCUCCCUCCAGGGGUGGGUAACAGGGAAGCCAGACCCUGCUCUGCAGCUUGCUCCAGUGCUGCCCGGGGCGGCCCACCAGGGCAGAAAGGAAGGGAGGUGGCCCUGCAGGAGCUGGUCGGCAAGGAGGAGGAGAGGACAGCUUCCUGCCCACCAGAUGCAGCCCCAGCAAGGAGCGCCCUGCAGAACAAAGCCCGAAACGUUGGGAGCCUGGAGUCCGGGACGGCCCGAUGUUUCAGAGCCUGGUGGCAUCGGGUGCGGAAGCGGCGGGCCGUGGCUGUGGCGGUGGCCCUGGGCCGCCGGCGGCUGUUGCGCAGGGGCCUACGGGCGCUUCGAUGGGCACUGCGGCUCCGGGAGGCCCAGCUGGAGGUGGCAUGGAAGCGACACACUCAGGCCCUGCUGGCCCAGAGCUUCCGAAAGUGGAGAAACCAGACUCUGCAGCAGAAGCAAGGGCAGCCCCGCGUCCAGGCUGGGCCGGGACCCCCACCGUCUGGGACGGGCCAAGGCCAGAGCCCCUCAGGAAGGGAGCCAGGGGCAGACCCUGCCUGGAGAAGCAGUCCAGGGAGUCAGAGGGAGGAGGCGGGAGCCUGGCAGAGACCAGAUGGAGGCGAUGGAGAAGUACAGAUGCUUCAGGCCUUGCAGCAACUGGCUGGCUUCCUCUUCUGGAAGGAAUGGGCCAGGCAGGAGAGGAGGGUCCAGGGAGAGGCCUCCCGGGCCACGCUGAGGACUCAGAGGAGGGGGAGACCCCCCCAGGCCUGGCGCUCUCAUGCUGCAGACGCACCCAAGAUGGCCUCUCUGGACACCCAGCAGCAGAGAGCCUGGCUCGGCAGGUGCUUUGGGGCCUGGCAGCAGUUUGUGCAAAGAGGGGCCCGGUACCGGGACCGCCUGGCUCACCGCCGGGCCAGGACCCUGAGGAUAUGUCUGCAGCAGUGGGUGCGAAUGAAGCAGCUCCAGGCCUCAGAUGGAGCGAAGGUGACCCAGCUGUCCCUCUGCCGGCAGAAGGCAGGGAACGUGGCCCUCUGCAGCUCAGCCCCUGGCGUGGCCACAGCCCAAGGCCUGGGGACGAUGGCCCAGGUGCAAGGUGGCAGCUCCCUGCGGGAAGCCUGCCGGAGACUGGCCCUCCGCCGGGCGCUGCUGCUCUGGAGGACGCGGCUCUCCCAGCGUCGGAAGGCUGACUCCUUCCUCCGGGGCAUGCGGCAACAGAUGAUUCGGCGUAUCCUGAAGGGCUGGUGCCUGAGGGCCUGGGGUCCAGGCACCCCAUCAGACAGUGCCAGGACCACCUUGGCCCCAGAGCUCCUGGACAGCAUCCCGGUGGGGGAGGACUUGCUGGGCUGCAGCACACCCCGAAGCUCACUAGAGAAGGUUUCCAGGGCCCCCACCCUCCUGGAGACGCUCCGGCUGAGCUUUGUGUGGGCAGCUGGGCGGCAGCAGAAGAGGCGGUGCCUUCUGCUCUGGCAGGUGCGGGCACAGCAGUCCCGGAGGGCAGCGAGGUGGCACCGGUGUGCUCUUCGGAGGCGCAUCCUUCUCGGCUGGAGCCACUGGGCAACAGCCCAAGGGGCCCAGAGAGAGCUGGCUGUUGGCUGGGCCUGGGAUCGGAGCUGCAGGGCCGCACUGGGCUUGUGGCGGCGGCGGCUGGCGCAGAGGCUGCAGGCGGAGCGGUGCGUUCGGGCCCGGGAUCGCACACUGGUCCGGGGCGCCCUGCGCCGCUGGCACGGCUGCUGGCAGAGGCGGCAGCUCCUGCACGAAAAGUACCAGCAGUGGAUGCAGGUCCAACUCCAGGGCCUGAGGAGGUCCGUGUUCCGGGACUGGCGACGGGCAGCAGCUCAUCGGAGGCGCACAGCGGCCCCGCCAGAGCAGCCCCUACUGCAGAGCCAUUUCCAGGCCCCGUGUGGAGUUGUGAGAGACACAGGGGUGUUCCCAGCCACCAGAGCCUUUCGGGAUGGCCUGAGAAGGGCCCUGGGGACCACAUUUUCCAUGUGGCGGGAAGCCGGAGCAGCCAAAGCCUGGGCACAGGAGCAGCACGUGGCCCGGGUCCCCGUGACCCACUGGAGAAGCCGUGCACGGGGGGGCCCGAUGGACCAGCAGCUGAGGAGGGUCCUAGAGGCCUGGGCCCAGGCAGCAGCCAGGGGCCGUGUCCAGGGAGCCGCCAUCACCCAGUUCCGGCAGGCUGCGUCCAGACGCCUCCUGUGGACCUGCUGGGCCCAGUGGCGGGCAGUGCUGCUCAGUGGGCAACUGGAACAACAGGAGGCAGAGGCCCAGGAGGCCUGCCCGGUUGACCGCAGGCAGCGGCCCAGGGUGGCCAGCAGAGGGCGCCUCCUAGCACUGAUGGACACUCCAGCCCCGUGGAAGCAGACCCACCGCUGCAGGACGCGACCCAGCCCAACGCGGCACCACGGCCGAGGUGGACCGAAGGAGCAGAGAGAAAUGUCCUGGGCUCAGAGUGACAGAGAGCCUCCCCUCUGCCGUGCCUUCCAGGUCCAGCUGCAGUGGCCCGGACGCACCGGCCAGGCCCAGGGCCCGCCGCCCGGAAAACCAGGAGGGGACUGCAGCUCUGAGGCCAGUGUCCUCAAAGGCCAAGGCGUGGCCGCUGAGAGGCAGCUAGGGAGGAGAUACCUGCAGCGCUGGCACCUUGAGGCCUUGCUUCGCCGGCUCCAGGGCUCCCAGCAGGCCAGGCGCCUGGCGGCAACAUGGCAGCACUGGGUGGACGCUCAGGGAGAGGAGCAGCUGGCACGGACGCUGCUCAGGCAGUGGCACCUGAAGCGGGCCUGGGGCGCGUGGCGGCGGCGAGUCCUGCGGCUGCGGGCGGCUCGGCGACUGCAGCAACAGGAAGGCGGCCGGGUCCUUUCCCAGGCCUUUGAGAAGUGGUGCCAACAGCUGGCAGCCAGGGGCCGGAAGAGAGGAGCCACCAGCAGCCCGGGACCCCCUGAGCAAGGCGGGCAUCGGGACCCUGGGAGCAGGCUGGAAGCUGCUGGGGUGGACGCCAAGGCCUGUCCGGAGGCCUGGGACACGGCCAGACGGGCAGCACUGCCCGUGCCCGCUACCCAGGUUCGCUUUGCCAUCCCCGUGGGUCCCAAGUGCAAGGUCACCGGCAGCCCCAGGAGGGGGGUGCUUCUCACCAAAGAGCACUAG